CGGAAGUUACACAAAAUUCUUAGGCUAUCAUAAUGGCUACUUCCGGAACAUUUUUACAGAAAUAAGCUCCAGCGUGGCUAAUUUUGAUAAAUGUACCAGAGUUUGAUAUUAAUUUGCACCGGUUGCUAACAAUAACAGUAAGGUAUAUUCCUUAAAGUAAUAAUCUUUGCCCCUCAAUCAUUGAUUGGUCUUAGGGGACAAUGGAAAGCCAAAAAACUGCUCCAGCACCACCAAGCUUAGCUUACAGGGUGUGCAAGACCAUAUUAAAUAGGCACCAAUAUUAUUUAGACAAAACUACACCCUACACUACAGUCAGGUGGUUAUUUGGCGUUGCUCUAUUUUUGUUUUACACAAUAAGGGUUUAUCUCUUACAAGGAUGGUAUAUAGUGACGUAUGCACUAGGUAUAUAUCUGCUUAACUUGUUUAUUGCCUUCAUUACCCCAAAUACUGCUGGCUAUGGUGAUACAGGUGAUGGAGAUGAUGGUCCAUCUUUGCCCACUACCAAUAGUGAAGAAUUUCGUCCUUUUAUGAGACGACUGCCAGAGUUUAAAUUUUGGUAUUCAUUUUCCAAAGCCAUGGUUGUAGCCAUUAUCUGCACGUACUUUGAUUGCAUAAAUAUCCCAGUCUUCUGGCCUAUACUGGUCAUGUAUUUUGUUCUUUUGUUUACACUCACAAUGAAGAAGCAAAUCAAGCACAUGAUCAAAUACAGAUACAUCCCCUUCACUUAUGGCAAGGCCAGGUACAAGGGCAAAGAGGACACUGGAAAGGUUAUUACUUCCUAAUUCAUUUAUGGCUUAGCUACUUGGCAAGUAUAGCUAGAACAAUUAUAUCACUUACUUUAUACCUUGUCCUUCAACAUUUCAAGGCAAGUCUUUUCUUUUCUCUUGUAACAUGUUUAAAGUCAUUUCCCAGUCUAAUCUGUAUUUAAUAUCUCAAUGCCUAGCUGGUGCCCUGAUGUAAUUUAAACUAGUUUUACUUGAAACCAUAAUUUUUCAAAGUUCAAUUCAUAGCCUUGCUAAGAUUAGAUUUUGAUUCAGAUCACAAUGAGGUUGUGGAGAUUCUUAUGCUAUCACUUGGGUCUUAAGUUACGACUUACUUAAAAAUGUAAAAUGAUAUUUAUAGUGACCAUUUUGUAUCUAUCUAAGAACACAUUCAUUUCUUCUAUUAUUAAAACUUUUGUCAAUGAUUACCAGCCUUGUUUUGAUUUUGGCCAAUUUUUUUUUUUUAACUGCAUUUUUGUAUGAUAUAAUGACAACCCAUCUAUCUUACUAUUAAAUCAUUAUCAUAAGAUCUAAUUAAGAUUUCUGCAUAAAGUGCUGUUCUAAAUAUGCCAUCUCUCUUUGGUCCUUGAGAUUUUUUUUCUCGAAGUUAAAUACUAUGAAGAAAAGAUAACUUAGUCAUGUAGCCCUGGUAUCAGUAUUUUAAUGCAUAACUUUGAAGUCUCAUGAUAAAAAAAAUAAUGCAAAUCAGUUUUUCAAGGCGAAUUCAUAUUAUUUGUAUUGCUAUAGUAAUAUUUGGAUUAUUUAAUUUAAACAAGAUUAGUUACGGUCAGGAAAACCUUUUUUAAAGUUAAAAAAUUUUUUUUUUUCUUUUUUAUUAUUACAAGACUUAUUUUCUUCCUGGAUUUUUGUUUUUCUUGCGUUACAUAUAUUGUUUGGUGUAAAAGCUCUUAUAUGAGUUCACUAACACCUUAUUGAAGAGACAUGCUUUUCAUUGUGGAACAGCAUGUAGAAAGUUUCUAUUCAUUUUGCUGAGAGCUUGUGUUUGCAUGUUCAUUGAAAGAAUGUAUGAAUGUAUCUAAAUGUAAUUGAUAAGGCAGUGUUGGAUUUAUUCAGUUUGUAAGUAUUCUGAUGCUGUCUGCUGGUGUUUUGUUUUUUACUUGGUCUCAAUUUAUAAACUUUUUUAAAAUAUGAGAAGAAAUUUUUGUCUUUAUAUUUCAACUUGUAUCAUUGUGAAAGAUUUUGAUUAGUAUGGGUAAUAUAUAUAUUGAUGUUUGUGUUUAAAGGGAACUGGAAAUGAUAGAUUUUGUAUAGUUCUUCUAUCUAUUUUUUUCUUUCAAAUUAAAAUUCAAACUUAUUAAAGCUAUGAGAUCUAUAUAGGGAUGUUUAUUAAUUUUAUAUAUUUUUGUGUAUAAUUUGGCUCAAUACAAUCAAGGACACUAGUGCAGAUUUAAAUACUUUAGAACAUUAGGCUGUCUUAUUUAAUAUUGUUGUAGACUAUAUGGCCUCCUUCAGUUGUGAAAUGACUAGGGAUAAUCUCAUGAAAAUGAAAUGAAUGCCUGGGCAUUAGCUAUGCUCAGAUUGGUAUCGCCCAUACAUCAGUUCCUCCCUCUGCAUGUAUGUAUGGUAUGUCUAAAGGAACAGCAUGUUGCCAGUACAGUUUGGAAUCAGUGGCAUAGCAGGCUCUGCCAGGUUGUAGCACUGUGUGCUGCAAGCUAGGGUCUUCUGCUCCUGAGUUUUCAAGACUCUACCCUGUGGCAUAUUGGGUUGACUGAGCUAUUGUUGUAGGAUUACCAAUACUUUUUUUAGUUGACAUUGGCUUGUGUUUACUUGAUUAUAUCCUCCAGUUGUCUUGUACAGUGUUGAGUAAACUUUGUCUCUCUGUGACAUGAUUUUCAAGUCAAUGUCCCAACUUUCAUUAGUACUACUACAUUUUCAGAAUUUUCUCUUUUUUUAUCUUUAAAAUGGGGAAUGGCAUCAUCAUAAUUGUAUUAUUUAUUCUGUUUUAAUUAGCUACUAUGAAAACAUUAUACUUUUUUUUUUAUGUAAACAUAUUUUUCAUUUAUAUAGGUGAUAUUUGAGUCCCGUUUAGGUUGUCCUUUAAUUAUUAUUCACUUUUUUGAUGUGUAAAUUCUAUGUACAGUUCUCCCUCUUGUAUUUUUUUGUUAUGUUUUGAUCAUUGCCUUCUUUUGAUGACAUCAUUUCAAUUAUGCUAGUGAAUGAGAGUGUGUCUCUACAGUAUCAAGUUUGAUUGUCUUAUCAUGAGCCACUGUUGUAUACUAUAAUUUACAGCCAAUAAAUAAUGAUAUGUACAUACA